AUGCAUUGGCUUUUCAGACGUCCUUUGUUCAGGUUAAAACCUGUCUUGAGCAAGUCCUUUACAAACACUUCGAUAUUAAACAUGCCUAUUCAGGUUGGUGAUACCAUUCCAGAUGCUACUCUGUAUGAAAACACACCCGGAAACAAAGUAAACAUUAAAGAAUUAUGUGCGGGUAAAAAGGUUGUGAUUUUUGCUGUACCAGGUGCAUUUACUCCGGGUUGUUCCAAGACUCAUUUGCCUGGUUAUGUCAAAGACUCCGAGAGUAUAAAAAGUAGUGGUAUCGCUGAGAUAGUUUGUGUAUCUGUAAAUGAUCCAUUUGUUAUGGGCGCAUGGGCCAAAGAUCACAAUGCUGAAGGGAAGGUGAGAAUGCUUGCAGACCCUUCUGCAGAAUUCACCAAAGCCUUGGAGUUGGAUACUAAUUUACCACCUUUGGGUGGUGUUCGAUCAAAGAGAUAUUCAAUGGUCAUUGAUGAUGGUGUUGUUACCAAAUUGAAUGUAGAACCCGAUGGCACCGGACUCUCAUGUUCCUUGUCCAAGAAUUUGAAAUUUUAA